ACCAAUCAAGGCCCAGAAACUACGCUUGGUCCAUCGGCGUUGGUUUGUUGACGUCUCCUGAAGACCAACCAAUCCUUCUGAUCUUGCAAGAAGAGGCGAUAAGUGAAAAUGUCAGGAUUGACAGGAUUGCAUAGUCGAAGCCCCCUUGAGCAAUAACAAGGAUGUCUGCAGACAAUCGCACAGAAUCCACCCUUGGUUUCAGCUCUACCAGGGAUGAUCUCACGUUAUGCUAUGGUGAACUGGAGGCAUCUAAAGAGUCAGAAAGGAAGCUGCCUAAACACAGCAGUCCCUAUAGGAGAACGCCAGUCGAUGACAACUACUGUCUAUUUAGUAGAGUAGAUUUUGCUGAACGAGACCAGAGUCAGCUGAUGAAAACGUUGCUGGAGGCUGAAGCAGCAGCCAACAAUGCCGCCGUACAACUUGUGUCUUUCAAAGACACCAUGGAUGAUGAAUUUGAGGAAUCCCAUCUGUCUGUCACCGACACGCGGCAGGUUUCCAGGCAGCGAGGCCUUUUGCUGGAAAAGUUGGAGGCCUUUAAAAGAAUAAAUAGAUCAGUUCGACAAAAACUGAAGAGGCUUCAGGAAGCAGAGGCUGAUCGACUCGCUACUGACAAGCAGAUUGACAUCUUGCUGAAUAAGAUAACACAGGCUGAGAGUGACAAUGUGAAUUUGAAGAGAGACUUGAACAACACAGAGAACCAACUUGGUGAACUGAUGUCUCUACGGAGGAAAGAACAGGAGAGCACAGAGACUGCGCUUCAGGCCGGUAGGACGGCGGAGACCACCCGGGCUCGCCUGCAGGGCCAGCUGCACCUCAAAGAGGCGGAGAACAACCGUCUGACCGCCCAACUGAGGGCGCUGGAGAGAACGCUGACAGAGCAGAAGAUGCAGAUGGAGGACCUGAAGGCGGCCAUCACUGCUCAGUCUGUCAAGAUGGCGCAGGACAAGGAAGCCCUCAUAAAGGCCACGCACGCCCAGAAACAGAGAGCCAAGAGGUUCGAGGCGGCCGUCGACAAAUGCUACGCUCAGCUCAAAGAGAAGGAAGUCCAGCUGGCCAGAGCUCUUUCUGAGAGAGACUCAUGGAGGUUACAACAGGAACAGCAGUCUGAGGAUCAGCAUGGGCUGGUCAGUCAGAUAGAACUAUUAAAAUGCAAUACCAAUGAUUUGACCGCUAGGCUCCAGAGAGAGAGGGAUGAACUCACUACAGCUAACCUUACAGCCAUGGAGAGAGUUGAGAGACUGUCAGUGGAAAACAGAGCACUUAACAGUGACAACGCAAGGAUAAAGGAGUCGAUAUCUGUGUGCGAGCAGCAGCUGUCUCAGUGUGAGGCUGCCCAGACAGAGCAGAGUCUGCUCUCUGAGGAGAGGCAGCACCAGACACAACGGCACCAAAGCCAGGUGGCAGCAUUACAAACCGAGGUUGAUGAUCUUAGGAUAAAGUAUCAGAGCCUGGUCAGAGAGACGGAGGGCGAACGAGGUAGAAAGGAUGAAGAAGUUGAAAAGGCGAGGAGGGGGCUGCUGAGGCGGGUGCAGGAGCUGGAGGUUUACCCUGAGUUACUGGAGGCCGCCGAGCAGAGCCUCUCCCAGUGCCAGGAGAACCUGGGGCGCUCCCAGAAGAGAAGCGCAGAGAAGUCAGAGUCCGUUAGGCUACUGCAGGUUCAGCUGGACAGUCAAAGCGAGCGGCUGAAAACUUCUGGAGACAUGAGGAACUCCAUUCAGGAGGCAAACGCUCAGCUUGAAGAACAAAUUACCUCUCUUGAAAAGGAGAUGGAGGUACAGCACCAGGAGAACGUGGGUCUGGUGCGGAGGCUGGCAGGUCAGGACGAGGCUCUGAGCUACGGCAGCAGGCAGCUGGAUCAGCGCUCUGCAGAGUGCCACGCCCUCAGCACACAGCUGGAGGCCGCCAUGUCCCACGUCGCACAACAGGUCAGCCAUGUGAAGGGAAAGGCUGUGAGCAGAGAGGAUGCUCUUCAGACCAAGAUCAAGGAGCUGGAGGCUGAUAAGGGCCGGAGGGACUCAGAGUUAAAGCUCCUUCGACAGAGCAUGCUCUCUACUGAGAACAAGUUUGAAGUGCGUCUGAAAGACCUUCAGCGGAGCCUGGACCAAUCAGAGAGCCACAAACAAAGCAUUCAGAGCUAUGUGGAUUUCCUGAAAAACUCUUACGCCACAAUGUUUGAUGAAGGAGUUCAGCUGUCGAGCUAUCAUUCAUACUUUCUUAAGUAACAAGCUUUCUUUCAGGAUGAAACAAUUUGUGCAAAGACAAACAAAGUAAUUUGGUGUUUUGAUUAUUUUGACAAAUCCCAUUGUUUCUCAACUGACAGGGGGAGUGCAAGUACUCUUUAUUCUAUUUAUUGGAGUUUAAGCAGACAUUCCACAUAGUAAUUGUCUUUGUUCUUUGUCUUCGCUGUGUUUUUUUAUCAAAAGGGCACGAGGGAAGACAUGUGAUCCUAAAAUAUGUUGAGCCUGUUUUGGUUCUUUCCCCCUAGGCAAAAACAUGUGUUUUCUAUGAUAUGCAACACUAGGAAGACAUCAUCACCUGGCUGGUUUCAGUCUGUAUAUAUAUACAAUAAAGCUCUGUGUAUGCAUUA